AUGCUCGAUGCCAAAGUUAUACUCAAAGGAGUCAGUGGACGCCUACGGUCAGGUGAACUUACUGCCAUCAUGGGUCCUUCGGGUGCUGGUAAAAGUACAUUGCUUAACAUACUUUCCGGUUACAAAACAUCGAGCAUUGAAGGCGUCGUCACUAUGAACGGCCACGAACGUAACUUGAGCGCAUUCCGCAAAUUGUCGGCGUACAUUAUGCAGGACAAUCAGUUGCAUGGUAACUUAACUGUCCAGGAAGCAAUGACCGUGGCCACAAAUUUGAAAUUGAGCAAGAAAUUUACCAAACCUGAGAAGAAUUCAAUGAUUGACGAUAUUUUACUGACACUAAGUUUAAGUGAACAUCGUAAUACAUUGACGCGUAAUCUAUCAGGCGGACAAAAGAAACGUCUCUCUAUUGCCUUGGAGCUAGUUAGCAAUCCACCGAUUAUGUUCUUUGAUGAGCCGACGUCUGGUUUAGAUAGUUCAACUUGUUUCCAGUGCAUACAUUUGUUGAAAAUGUUAGCAGCUGGUGGUCGAACCAUCAUUUGCACCAUACAUCAGCCUUCAGCACGUCUCUUUGAAAUGUUCGAUCAAUUAUAUACGCUCGCCGAUGGACAAUGUGUUUAUCAGGGCAGCACAAAACAAUUAGUGCCAUUCCUUGGAACUCUCAAUUUAGAAUGUCCCAGUUAUCACAAUCCAGCCAGUUAUGUGAUCGAGGUUGCUUGUGGUGAGCAUGGUGAUCACACACGCAGAUUAGUCGAUGCUAUCGAUAAUGGCAAGAAAGAUAUACGCACAUCAGCCGAUUAUGCUAACUUAAAAGUACGUACAGAUCUAGUUAAGGUGCACAAUAUAAAAGCUAAUGUCAGUGGCGGUAAAUACGAGGGUAAUCUGACAAUGAAUAAUGGCAUUUUAAAUGGUAAUUUAGUGAAUGAUAUUGCCAAAGAUUCUAGUGUUUCCAAUCCCACUACAGCUGUGGUUAGUACUAAUGAAAAAGGUGAUGCUAUGAUCGAUAUGGAGAAAGCUGAUAAUUGCACAACAGCUUUGCUAUCGGCAGAAAUAACUUCCCCCGAGCGUUAUCCCACUUCACAGUUUCAUCAAUUCUGGGUUGUGCUUAAGCGUACACUCUUGUUUAGUUAUCGUGAUUGGACUCUGAUGUAUCUGCGCUUAUUUGCUCAUUUAUUGGUUGGUUUUCUAAUCGGUGCUCUCUACUACGAUAUCGGUAACGAUGGUGCUAAAGUCUUGAGUAAUUUGGGUUUUCUCUUUUUCAACAUGUUGUUCUUGAUGUAUACUUCCAUGACAAUAACGAUCUUAUCAUGUACGUCAUUUUCAAUCAAUUUUAUUAUGUGCAUUUUAUUAGAUGCAUAA